AAAUAACCUAACUAACGUCACUUAAUUUUUAAAGUCAAAAAUUUUAAUAUUUUAUAAUUAUUAUCCUUCAUGCAGUAUAAUGACUUUAAAACAUGCUAGUUUUAUAGCAAGAACUGUUUUCGUUAAAAAUAACGAUGUAGAAGCAGCUUGUAGAGUUUUAAAUAGAAUUUUGGGUCGGGAAGACAUACUGGAUCAAUUUCGAAGAACUAGAUAUUUUGAAAAACCUUUCCAGUUUAGAAGAAGAAUUAAUUUUGAAAAGUGCAAAUCGAUUUACAAUGAAGAUAUGGACAGAAAGAUUCAAUUUGUGUUAAGGAAAAAUAGAACAGAUCCAUUUCCUGGAUCAUCAUAAAAGUGUAGUUUGUAAAUAUGAUUAAAUAAAUUGAUAUAUUUAA